AUGACACAAAAUGCUUGGCGCACGCUCGGCACUAUAUUAUUCUUUUUCGAUGCGACCAAUGGUGCGUUGUUGGCGGCUCCCGUCGACUGCCUUGGCCGGUACUGGCGCGGUGACGGAGGGUCGAAGGGGCGUGUGAGCCGUGGCUGUACGGAUACCGACUACCGCCCUCCACCGCACAAACUGACGUACACCAGCUCGACCGUCUCGUCCGCCGUCUCAGGGCCACCGCUCCCACCUCCGCCGUCCCACAGCCAUGCUGGGGCUUACGAGCUGCGGUCCGAACGAAAAGGUAACCGCGAACGCCACGCCGCGUCAUGGAACCAACGCGUCGACCCGGCGCCUGGUUUCGUCCAUGACCGAUUGCCGACAGCCCUAUAA